AUGAGUCGUGUCCGCACGUUUCUGCGGCCGUGGAUGGCUACGGCUGUGGCUCCCGCUGCAUGCGUGGCUUGGACGUACGACCCGAGUCGCAGCGAGGGGUCUGUCCCCACGUCUGCGUUCCUCUACCAGCCUCUGUCUGAAGAUAAGACGCCCCGGAACAGCAUCGAGUUUGACGCCCACGCCCCCUUGCGAACGCGCAUGGAGGCGCUGAUUCUCCGCGUUCAGGACGACAUUUGUGCCGGCAUUGAGGCCGUGGACGGAAAGCAGUUUGUCCAGGACGAGUGGGAGCGAGAAGGACACGGCGGCGGUGGCCGUAGCCGCAUCUUACAGGACGGCAACGUCUUUGAGAAGGCGGGCGUGGGCGUUUCCAUCAUCCACGGCAAACUGCCGCCUGCUGCGGUGCAGCAGAUGAGAGGGAGGGGCAAAGGCUUGAAAGAAGAACAGGAGCUGCCGUUCUACGCCUGUGGCGUGAGUCUGGUCAUGCAUCCGCACAAUCCCAUGGCGCCAACGAUUCACCUGAACUUUCGCUACUUUGAGGUCGAAACGGGGUACCUUGACGCGGAUGGCAAAGCUCAGAAGAUCGGAUGGUUUGGUGGCGGUGCUGAUCUAACACCGAGUUAUCUCUUUGAAGACGAUGCGCGCCAUUUUCACGCUGUGUACAAGACGCAGCUGGAUAAGCGCGACCCAGAGCUCUACCCGAAGUGGAAACAGGCGUGCGAUGAGUAUUUCUACAUCCCUCAUCGUCAGGAAGGGCGUGGUGUUGGCGGUUUCUUCUUUGAUGACCUAUCAGAUACGUCUGAGGAGAACUUUCAGAUGCUUCGCAACUGUGCCAACUCGAUGCUCGAUUCGUACGUUCCGAUUUUGCAGAAGCGGAAAGACAUGCCAUUCACCAAGCAACAGAAGGAGUGGCAGCAAAUGCGUCGUGGCCGCUACGUUGAGUAUAACAUCAUGUACGACCGAGGUACAAAGUUUGGCUUGCUUACUCCUGGCUCGCGUGUCGAGUCAAUCUUGAUGUCGCUUCCGUUAACGGCUCGAUGGGAGUAUAUGCACCGGCCAGCGGCUGGGUCGUGGGAGGAAAAGACAUUAAAGGUGCUGCAGAGCCCCGUGGAUUGGCUGAAUGUGCCUGACAUGGAUUUGGCGACAAUAUCUACUGGUGAGCUGCUAAAGGAGCUUGCAAGACGGAGCGAGUAG